AUGGCAAACAAUAACCUGCGCCUACUCGCGCUCGAUGGUGGGGGGGGGGGGGUCAGGGGCUUGUCAGCGCUUAUGAUCCUCCAGCAGCUCAUGGAGACUAUUGACCCGGAGAAUCCUCCGAAGCCGUGUGACUAUUUUGACAUGAUUGGGGGAACAAGCACUGGGGGGCUUAUCGCUAUCAUGCUGGGCCGGCUGAAAAUGAGUAUCGACGACUGCAUCAACGCCUAUCUAUUACUUUCAGACCGAAUUUUCCACAAGAAAAGGCAUCGCUUUACAGUAAAGGGCAAUAUUCAAGGCAGAUUUGACUCUGAGGAGCUGUCACAAGCUGUAAAAGAGGUGGUUAUAGCACAACAACUAGACGAGGAUACGUUGCUAAAAGAUGUAUCGGAGGAUGCAUGCAAGGUAUUCAUGUGCGCGACAAGCAAACAGACAAGCGAAUCUGUGUGUCUCACAAGCUACAAUUCGCCCGGCGGUGGAAGUGACCUCCUAGAUAGCGUAAAGAUAUGGGAAGCCUGCCGUGCAACUUCAGCGGCGUCCACCUUCUUCGAUCCUAUCGCUAUCGGGCGGCAUGAACAAGAGUUUGUGGACGGAGCAACGGGAGCCAACAACCCGAUAUGGGAAGUAUGGAAUCAGGCUCAACUAAUAUGGGGACCGCAGCCACUUGAGAAUAGGAUCAGAUAUAUAGUCUCGAUUGGUACCGGUGUCCCUUCAUUGAAACCAUUUCGGGAUGACGUUUUGCACUUCGGCAAGACGCGUGUUGCUAUUGCUACAGAGACAGAACAGACAGCGGAGAGGUUUCUUCGAGACAAGUCACAGCUCGAUAAGAGUGGUCAGUACUACCGGUUUAACGUCGAUCGCGGACUAGAGCAAAUCGGGCUCCAAGAAUCGAAGAAAAAGAAAGAGAUUGCUGCGGCUACGCGACGCUACAUUGGAUCCCAACGUGUGUUAAACCAAAUGCAAGCAUGUGCGGGCAAUGUGGCAAGAAGAGAAGGUUUUGGAGAAUAUCGAAUUGCCUGUAGGCUCGAAGGUGUUCCGAGGGCAAACAAAUUCGUGGGACGGCCUGUCGAAAUGUCAAAGCUUGAAAGAGGACUCUUGCCAGAAUCGCGGAGUUGCCGACAGAACAUAUUUGUGCUUCAUGGACUUGGCGGAAUAGGUAAAACGCAGUUAGCCGUUGAGUUUGCCCGGGAGCAUUGUGACAAGUUCAGUGCCGUAUUCUGGCUGGAUGGAAAGAGCGAGAAUUCACUCAAACGGAGCCUUUCGAGCUUAGCAAGCAGGAUCCCGGAAGGCCGGAUUUCCGAGUCAAGUAGGACCUAUUCUGCGAACAGUACCGUCGAUAUUAACAUAGUUGUCCGAGAGGUAAUAAGCUGGUUUGCUCGGCAAGACAAUACAGAUUGGCUACUUAUUUUCGACAAUGUUGAUAGAGAUUCCAGCUAUAACAAUUCCGACCCCGGUGCAUAUUAUAUAAGGCGUUACUUCCCUAGCGCAGACCAUGGGACUAUAUUGAUAACUAGUCGACUAGCUAAGCUGGAGCAGCUAGGUGGCUCGCACCUGUUAGGCAAGGUUGACCAGCCUCAAGCAACUGCUAUUUUUCAGACCCGAUAUAAAAGAAAGCAUAACCUGGCCGAGAUCGAACGCCUUUUAGACUUGUUGGACGGUCUCCCGCUAGCAAUUGCACAAUGGAAAGAGCUUAUCGAUUCACAUAACGGGGCGGAUGCCCCACUUCAGGACUACCCUGAUCGCAGUAUCUGGACGACAUGGGUUAUCUCAUACAACGCGAUUCGAGAAAAGCACGAAGCUACAGCCAACCUACUCCUUCUCUGGGCAUUCCUUAACAGCAAAGACCUUUGGCACGGUCUAUUUGAAGCAGCAUGCAGCGCAUCUACAGCUGUUGCGACAAGCUUGUCAGAAUGGAUUGGGGACCUUGCAAACAAUAAGGUGGAAUUCGCUAAGGCGAUUCAACUACUAGGCAACUACUCACUAAUCGAAGACGUUAAAGAUUCAGCGAGCUAUGCAAUUCACUCAGUCGUUCACACAUGGGCAUACUACUUCCAGGGGGAGGAUUCUAGAGCACAGCUAGCUCAACUAGCUACAAUUGUUGUUGGAUGGGCUUCACCUGACAUUUCAUCACGGGAAUACUCUAUUAUGCAGCCCCGGCUCCUACCCCAUGCGCAGGCAUGUUCUCAGUGGACCCUAACAGGUGAAAGGCGAAGUUCUAGAAGUUUCCACCGGGCCAGCAAUCUGAUCAAUGCGGCCGAGCACCGAAGCGUAUUACUAGAUGCAAUUCAUCGGCUAGGUCUCCUCUACGCCGACCAGAACAGGCCGGCUGGGGCCAAAACCAUGCUCCAGCGAGCGCUACAAGGCUAUAAGAAGGCCCUCGGUGUCGACAAUAUUACGACUUAUAUCCCGGCACUAAACAUAAUGUGGGGCCUUGGCUCACUCUUUGAACGUCAAGGCGAUUUAGCAAAUGCUAGGAUAAUGUAUUCAAAAGCCCUAGUAGGAUAUGAGAGGGUCGUUGGGCCUGACCACUUAGCAUCUCGGAGUUUACGGGACAACCUCCAAGCUUUGGAUACCGUGACGGAAAACGAAACCUUAAACAAUGUAGAAGAGCUAAUCGUGGUGAAAAAUUCUUGA